AGCGUUGCAUCCUCGUAGGCUACGUUGUUUGUUUACAACUUCGCUGUAGAAUACAGCUCAAUGAUUGUGGCCGGAUUUCAUUUUCAUACAAGAAGUAAUUCGAGUUCCAUACAUGAGGCGCAUGAGGACAUGAGCUGAGAGCAGACAGUAAUGGCAUUCACUCUUUGAAUGGUAAGAAGAGGUGGAUGUCCUCAUUGAUAUGCAAUUGGUGAUGUAAAUCUUAUCUGAAAAGUUUGCCCAUUAAGGUUUUCUAAGAAUUAAGCUCUUAGAAUAUGAAAGAAGUUUUGGUGCUUCGGUUUGGAAAUGGACUAAUAAUAUAAAUAUAUGUAUUUCAAAUGCCAAAAGAGACUCUUAUUUAUGCCACUUUAUUGUGUUUAAAUUAUUUUAAAAAUACUUUAUAAUUAUUACAAUGGAUUGAAAUUAGUUUAUGCAUUGUUAGUUAUUCAAAUUUAAAAUUUUUAAUAAUCAUUAAUAGUGGGAAAAAGUAAGUUUAGCAGAAAUAGAAGAUAUUAAAUGUAUCUCAAGAUGUAACUUUAAAAAAAUGUCAUUAUUGCUAAGCAGUUACUGUGUUAGUGUGUUUUGACAAUUGUAUAUAUACAUUAAGCAUAUUUUAUUUGGCACAAAUGUAAUAUUUUGUACCUAGUUUUUUGUAAAAAAAAAGGAACUUGUACUUUUUCUAAAUUUCAAAUCAAUGAAAAUUGGGUUAAUAAUUGAUCUUGGUCGCAACAAGCUUUCAAUAUGAAAAGUGACAGUGAUCCAUCUGCUGAAAGUUUACCCUGGUGCAAUCACUGUUCUAAAUCUUUUAAUUGUGGGAAUGAAUACAAUGAACAUUUACAGCUGCAUGCAGAUGAUAAACUCUUCUCUUGCAAUAUCUGUAACAAAAAUUUUAAUCGAAAAAAUUCUCUAGCCAACCAUUUAAAAAUUCACACUGGAGAAAGACCUUAUGCAUGUAAACUUUGUGAUAAGACUUAUACUCGUCAUGAUUCACUCCAGACACAUUUAAGAUCUCACAGGACAGAAAAACGAUAUUCUUGCAAUCAAUGCGACAAGUCUUAUUUUAAGAAAACUGAUUGGUUUAGACACAUGAGAACUCACAGUGGAGAAAAAUCCUAUUUUUGCAAAAUUUGUGGAAAAGCUUUUGGGGAUAUGCCUUAUUUAAACAGGCAUAUGAAGAUACAUACAGAAAGACAAAAGUCGCACUCCUGUCACAUCUGUACCAAGGCUUUUUAUUCAAGGAAUGCUUUAAAGACUCACUUGCUGUGCCAUUUGGGAACUAAGAACUUUGCAUGUGACACAUGCAAGAAAGCAUUUGUUACUAAAAGUGAUCUUGUAAAACAUAUCAGAACUCAUACCGGAGAAAAACCGUUUGGAUGUGACUUAUGCGGGAAGAGGUUCACUCAAAAAGGUCACCUUAACAGCCACUUGCAAAUCCAUACCGGCGAGAAACCUCAUUCUUGUGAAUACUGCAGCAAGAGCUUUACUCACAAAUCUGAACUUAAUAAACAUGUAAAGACUCACACCGGUGAAGAUAUUUUAACUCAUAAAUGUAGAAAAUGUGAUAAAUCAUAUUCUAGAAAAGAACAUUUAACUAGGCACUUAGUUAAUACUCAUUCAUUAGAAAAGCCAUUUUUAUGUGAAUAUUGUCAGAAAAGAUUCACAUCGAAAGAUUAUUUUAAUGUACAUUUAAGGUUGCAUACAGGCGAAAAUCUUUUCUUCUGUACAGACUGUGGAAAAGGUUUUCCUAGACAGUAUAAUCUUAAUCAACACAUUAAGACCCACACUGGCGAAAGACCUUUCACUUGUGAAAUGUGUAAAAAGACUUAUAAUUCGAAACAGUAUUUAAUGAGACAUGUCAAGCUUCAUUCCGAGAUGAAGUAUUUUGAUUGUGAAAGUUGCAAGAAAACUUUCCCCACAAAAUCUGAAUUUUUAAAACAUUCAAAAACUCAUAAAAUGGAACAAAAAUAUUCUUGCACAAUUUGUGAAGAAGAAUUUUUUUUGAAAAAGUUGUUCAUACAACAUUUGAGAUUUCAUGAGAGAAAAGUAAAAUCAAAUGCUAAAGAGAAAAAAGUUUUUGCCUGUAAAAAAUGUGAAAAAACUUUUGCUUCAAAACUUGAUCUUUCUCAACAUUUUAGAGAGCAUUCAAAAAAGAUAAUGGCUGCUAUUACUUUUGGAAAAAUCGUGCCUUAAUUUUUUAUUAAACUAGGUUUCUGAAAAAUACUUUUACCUGAUUUUUUUUUUUUUUGCGAUUUAUUUAUAUGUGUGUAAGCAUACACUAAUGGAAAAUAAAAUUGUAGUGUUUGUUUCUGCUAUGACUACUGUACUAUGCUGUUCUACCAAUGACAGACAAGAGGCAAUGAGACAUAAAAGGAGGUAGGCAAGUACCAAUAUUAAAAAUUUAGAGAAAAUCAGUACAAAUGGUAAGAGAACCUCUCGUCAGUUUUGGUGUAAGAAAUAACACUAGUAACCCUAGUAAGGUGCAGCUAUAUACAGACAGGGCAGUGCAGGAUUUCAUUUUGAGGGAGGGGGGUCAUGCUCAAGGAUGUAGUCUUACGUACAACAAUUUUCUUGAACUUCAAUGCCUUUAGGCAGGGGUGCCCACCCCCCUAAGGGCUAGGGUGCACUCUCUCAAUAUCGUGGAGACCCCCCAAAUGGGUCAUUCCAUAUCAAAUCAACCAAUAAAAAAUAAAUUUUGAAGGUCAAUGUUUUGGAUUGUUAUGAUUUUUUGUCUGUUUAUUAUACUUACCUCCAGGAUGAAAAAACUGAAGUUUCAAAUUUUUUCAACAAUUCUUUGCAAAGUUAUGCAUUUUUUAAAUUUUGGAGGAAUCCGAAAUUUUGCAUUGAUUAAAAUCUUAAGAGGGCUAUUAUUAGAGUACUAUUUGACUUAGAAGUCUACAAUUCUUGCUGUUUUGUUCAGUCUUUUAUAAGGUUUUCAAAAAUAUAUAACAAAGCCCAGUUGCUAAAAAAAAAAUUUUUAUAAUUUUUUUAAUAAAAAAGUUUUUUUUAAUUUGUAAAAAUUCAAAAUCGAAAUUUUUAAUUUUCUUGAAAAAAAUAUAUGUUACUUAGCCUUUGUUUAGCAACAUUUAUUCAAAAUUUCAAGAUGGCAUUCUUUUGGUAUCAUGCAGAAAUUUUUUUUUUCCUCUUUCAAAAGUGCUUUAAUGGAUCAUUCCAUGUCAAAUCAACCAAUAAAAAAUAAAUUUUUAAGGUCAAUGCUUUAGAAUGUAAUGAUUUUUUAUCUGUCUAGGAUACACACCUCCAUGAUGACAAAUCUGAAGUUUCAAACUUUUUCAACAAUUCUUUCCAAAGUUAUAAUUUUUUUUAACUCUGGAAGCAUCAUAAAUUUUACAUUGUUUAUUAAUCUUUAAAAGGCUAUUAUCAAAGAACUAAUUGACUUAAAAGGUUAAAACUUGUGCUGUUUUGUUCAGUAUUUU